AUGGACACGAGACAGGAGGAAAACUUACAAUCAACAGGCCCGUUCAACCAUGAAGUCACCGAGGUCCUCAAAGUUGUCAACGUCAACGAUGCGCCUGUUGCCUUCAAAGUCAAAACCACCGCCCCAAAGCAAUACUGCGUGCGACCAAACUCGGGCAUCAUCCCACCCCACGAGAGCGUCGAAGUACAAGUUCUCCUCCAAGCUAUGAAAGAAGAGCCUCCUCUAGAUGCUAAAUGCCGCGACAAAUUCCUCGUUCAAUCCGUUCUAACAUCCCUCGACCAAGAUCCGAACGUCACAACACUCUGGCAGACGGUGGAGAAAACAUCAAAGAGCAGCAUACAGGAGAGAAAGAUUCGGGUCAACUUCCUCCCUUCAUUCGAUGCGACACCAAAUGGCGACUCUUCCCACGAGGAACAACCUCCCGCAUACUCCUCGCCGUCCCCGAAAUUUGGAUCUCCCGCCGCGGAAUCUUCAAGCCGCGCAUCGACUGCGCAAACUGCGAAGAGCGCAGUUGCAAAUGCCGCAGAAGCCACCGGCUUGACCACCGCGGCUGCUGCCGUUUCGAAUACCGUGCCGCUUACAAGUGCGGAAUUGAAAGAGCAACUGGCGGCAGCCAGGGCCCAGAUCAAGCAGUUGAGCAGCCAACUACAGGAUCCAAAGCUGCGACAGAGGAAGUUGCAGGAAGCGAACGAGAAAGUCCAGACUGUAGUUCAGCAAAGCCAUGAAACUGGUGUACCACUACAGAUCGUGGCAGGGUUGUGUUUACUCAGCUUUCUCAUCGCCUAUCUGUUCUUCUGA